CCCUCUUCCCGCGUCGCGCCGCCCUCCCGCGUCACGUGCCGGGAGCGCUCGGAGUGUGCAGGAUGGUGGUGGCGGCUGCGACCGGCGACGGCGGCGGCAGCAGCAGCGGGUAGAAAAUGGCGGAUUUCGAGGAGCUGCGGAAUAUGGUAUCAAGUUUUCGUGUUUCUGAACUACAAGUGUUGUUGGGGUUUGCUGGACGUAAUAAAAGCGGGCGGAAACAUGACCUCCUGAUGAGGGCACUGCACUUACUGAAGAGCGGCUGCAGCCCAGCAGUUCAGAUAAAAAUCCGAGAACUCUAUAGGCGUCGGUACCCAAGGACGAUUGAAGGACUUUCAGACUUACCAGCUAUAAAACCUGCAGUUUUCAAUUUGGACAACAGCUCAUCUGUCGAGCCUGAUUUGGCUGUUGCUGGCAUUCACCCACUCCCUUCUACUUCGGUCACACCUCAGUCUCCUUCCUCACCUGUCAGUUCUGUGCUCCUCCAAGACACUAAGCCCCACUUUGAAAUGCAGCAGCCGUCCCCUCCGAUUCCACCCGUUCAUCCCGAUGUUCAACUGAAAAGCCUACCUUUCUAUGAUGUGCUCGAUGUGCUCAUAAAACCUACAAGUCUAGUACAAAGUGGUAUUCAGAGGUUCCAAGAGAAGUUUUUUAUCUUUGCUUUAACACCUCAGCAGGUCAGAGAAAUCUGUAUUUCCAGGGACUUUUUGCCAGGGGGCAGGAGAGAUUACACAGUCCAAGUUCAGCUAAGGUUAUGCCUAGCAGAGACAAGCUGCCCUCAAGAAGAUAAUUACCCUAAUAGUUUGUGUAUUAAAGUAAAUGGGAAGCUGUUUCCAUUACCGGGCUAUGCUCCACCGCCAAAAAAUGGAAUUGAACAGAAGCGACCUGGGCGUCCCUUGAAUGUAACAUCUCUAGUUAGGUUGUCAUCAGCAGUGCCAAACCAGAUUUCCAUUUCCUGGGCUUCUGAAAUUGGAAAGAAUUACUCCAUGUCUGUGUAUCUCGUUCGUCAGCUCACUUCCGCUAUGCUUUUGCAGAGGUUAAAAAUGAAAGGUAUCAGAAACCCUGAUCAUUCCAGAGCACUAAUUAAAGAAAAACUAACUGCAGAUCCUGAUAGCGAAAUUGCCACAACCAGUCUGCGGGUAUCUCUGAUGUGUCCUCUGGGAAAAAUGAGACUGACAAUCCCAUGCCGGGCUGUUACUUGCACACACCUGCAAUGUUUCGAUGCUGCUCUUUAUCUUCAAAUGAAUGAGAAGAAGCCUACCUGGAUCUGCCCUGUCUGUGACAAAAAGGCAGCUUACGAAAGCCUUAUAUUAGAUGGGCUUUUUAUGGAAAUACUUAAUGAGUGUUCAGAUGUGGAUGAGAUCAAAUUCCAAGAAGAUGGCUCCUGGUGCCCCAUGAGGCCAAAGAAAGAAACUGUGAAAGUCUCAAGUCCACAGUGCACCAAAAUUGAAAGUUCCAGUGUUGUUAGCAAACCGUGUUCUGUGAUGGUGGCUAAUGAGGUCAACAAGAAGAAAGUUGAUGUUAUUGACUUGACAAUGGAAAGCUCCUCUGAUGAAGAGGAAGAUCCUCCUGCCAAAAGGAAGUGCAUAUUUAUGUCUGAAACACAAGGAAGCCCAAACAAAGGGGUUCUCAUGUAUCAGCCAUCUACUGUCAGAGUGCCCAGCGUGACAACGGUCGAUGGUGCUGCUAUUCCUCCUUCGUUAACAGACUACCCAGUACCAUUCCAUCAUCCACCAAUGCCCAGUAUUUCAUCAGACUUGCCAGGUCUGGAUUUUCUUUCACUAAUCCCAGUUGAUUCACAGCAGUACUGUCCUCCUAUGUUUUUGGAUAGUCUCACCUCAACAAGCAGCACACCUGGCAGCAUCAUCACAUCAACCAGUCACCACGAGAGCAGCAUGCACGUUAGCUCCUCCAGCAGGAGCGAGACAGGAGUGAUAACCAGCAGUGGAGGUACUGCUCCUGACAUCAUCUCACUGGACUGAAACAAGGGGCAGCACAGGACUCUGGGAGAAAUUGCACAGAGCUGCUGCUUGUAUCUCUGGAACUUCAGCAUCUCGAAGUUAUUCUGAUAUUUAUUGAAAGGAUUUGCCUUCUGGCAAACAGAUUAAAUUCAUCUACACUAGGAACAGAAGUGAUAGACACUUUUUGUUCUGUGUUUUUUUUUCUCGUUCAUGAAAUAGCUGGUUAUAGCUUUUAUGCUUUCUGCUUGUUCUGGGGAAACUGACUUUCUGUUGCUGGGUGGAUUCCAUGAAUGGUUUUUAAUGUUGUAAACACAAGCAAUAAUGUAAAAACAAAUUAAAACUUUUUUUAUAAAAAAAAAAAAGGCACUUAACCACUCUAGAACACUGACAACCUGGACAAAGAUGCAGAACUGUAUGCAUUGGUGAACUUAGUUUUUUCACUGGGGCCUGUAAUAGACUUCAUUUAAGACAAUGAAGCUUUGAAAUAGCCAUGACUUGUGUUCCAUGUUUCUUGUUCCCCAUUUCCCCCCUUCCUGGGGAUGUAGGGGAAGCCUGUAUAAAGGGGAUUUUUUUUUUUCCUUCUCCACCCACCCCACGCCCCCUCCCCAGAUUUCAUGUUUUUCACAAACUUAGCAAAGUCCUAAGCUGUGACUUUUUCCUCUUUAGUGUUCUUUGGGCUGGGGAGAGGACAAACUAUCUAUGCAAACGCUGCAUCACGCAAUCUCUGGGCUGUCAUGUCUGAAUUUGAAGACCUCCCCACCACCACAACCUCCAGACUAUGCCUGGCUGAGCUGUAGUUGAAUUUUUGGUUUUAUAACUUUUAAGGAGUGAGAGGAAGAAAAGCAUUCAACCUCAAAUUUAGGUUAUAAAGGCCUUGGCAGCCCUCUUUUUGAAAUGGCUGCCCCUCACCUGAUGAAGAAGUGAAAUGCGUGCUUUCUGUGGCACCUGUAAGGAGACAAAGGGGGAAUUACUUUUUCCAGUGGAGGACUGUUUUCUAGGAUCUUUUGCUCAUGGCUUCUGCCAGUUCAGUAACUGCUGUAUUCUGCUUGGGAAUACUGGGCAGACUCAUCUUUUUUGGAAGAGAAGAGCUGUAGCUGCACAGGGUUCUCACCUAACUGGAACGAUGUGUUUAGGGCUUCGUGACGCUUUGUCCCAUGUUAUUCAGCCUCCUAAUCGUGGCUUUUCUAACGCAACGGGAAUAGCUCCCUCCCGUUUCACUCCUCCGACGGAUCUGCCACGUCUCCCCACGCACCUCUAAGGAUAACAUCAACAGGACUGUAUGUGGAAGAGGUUACAGACCGGGAAAAUCUAGUCAUUUCCUUAGAGCUGGAAUAAUGGUAUUGUCUCUAUAUGUUGACAUAGCAGCUUUUCCAAGUGUUGUAUUUCCGUUGAGUAACUGUAUUUGAGAGGAUUCCUUCCCUAAUUGCCAGCUUUUACUUUAUUCCUGAUUUUGUGUUCCUUUUUUCGUAGAAGUCUGGUACUUUUUGCUUUCCACUGCUGUUACAGUAUUUGAACUAAGUACAUGGGUAAGAAAUAGUGAAACAGGAUGUAUUUUAACUCGUCUGCUCUGUAUUCACACCUUUAAGUGUGCAUUACUAUUCCUUAUUGCCUUUUUUGCAUUAUCUCUUCCAGCAGUCAUCAGUCCACAUGUGUGUUAUUACUAUCGCGUCCGCUCUUUCUUCUCUUUUCCUUGUUUGAGUUUUUUGUACCUGAUAAGGAUUAGGUUUUGGUGUGAUUCAUUUCCAGUAAAGCCAUGCUACUCAUUAAGAUUUUUUUCCUAAUGGCCUGCACCAGCUUAGUGCUUUCUGCAUCACGAUUGCACAGUGACUUGAACUAUAUCAAAUAGAGUGUGGAGAGAGGUUCCAGAGUCAUUCUGAAUAAAGUGUUUAAAACUGG